CGCCCGCAGGCGCCGGGCUGGAGGCACGUCCCAAGUGCGCUUGCGCAGGGCUCGGAGCGCUCCCGGGAAAGAGGCCGCGGGGAGCGCGAGGGGGGCCAGGCCGUAGAGGGGCACCGCGCCCCCCGGGGGCGGCGCUGCUUGCGUGGCCCGGGGCGCCCGGGGGAGCCGCUGUGUGCCCCGCCCUCUCCAAUGGUGGCGUAUUUCCCUGGGUCGUUUUUGGGGGCGCUAGAAAGGGAGGCCCCCCGAGCCCCUCUUCUUUCCCUCCCCCUCCCCGGCUUCCCCCCAUCCCCUGGGGGGGUGUAGACGGGCCUGGCGCUUUAGACACCCCAUAGAGAAGGCCACAGGCCCAUGGGCUUGGCGGGUCCAUUUUACAGAUAGGGAGACUGAGGCCCGGAGAGGCCACUGGCAGGGUGGGUCUGGGGGCCAGAUCCCCGAGUGCGGAUCUCGGGCUCGGUGCCUGGGAGGGGAGCGGCGUGGGCCCCUUCCCUCCCUCCCCCCUCCCCACGCCGUGAGCGCCCCGUCGUGUUCCUUAGCUCGGGAUGGAGGAGCCGGCCCAGCAGAGGAGAUGCUUGUCGGGAGCCCAGAAGAGAAAGCCGGCCCGGCCCGCCCCUGAGGCGCCCCACAAACUGCCCAGGGCCGCCUCCUCCCUGCUGCCGGCUGGGCGUGCGGCCCCGGGGCCGGAGAUGGAGCUGGACAGCCAGUCCAGUAAGAAGGGCGAGGACUGCCCCCUCGGUGGAGGAGCCCUGGACCUCUCUGUCACCAGGCCCGCCCAGCAGGCCUCACUCCCGGAACCCCCCCGGGCCCCGGACCAGGAAGACAUCGGCCUGUUGGACCGCUGGCGCCUGACCGAGGGGCAGAAGAGGGCCAUCCUGGCCUCCCGCUGGGUGCCCCCCUCCAACUUCCAGUUCCCCAAGCGGCUGAUGGGCUCGGGCGCCAGCCAGAAGUACCGGCGCUGCAGUGCCCAGCUCCUGCAGGACUACCAGUUCGCCCGGUACUCCUGCCAUCUGGACGGCGUCUUCUGUGGCCCCUGCUUUGUGUUUAACAGCAACAAAGAGACCGUCCUGGUGUCCACCCCUCUGAAGGACUGGUCCAAUGGCAAAAAGAUCCUGGAGAGGCACAGCAGGUCCAAAGAGCACGGCAGAGCCGCCGUCAAGACUGAGGCGUUUGCAGCCUAUGAGCUCAAGAAGAAGCUUUCCGAGCAGGGCCAGCUGGCCCUGAAGCGCAUGGUCAGGCUCAUCCUUCUCUGCGGCAGGCACCACAUCUUGCUGGGCCCGGGGCCCACGGUCACCAAGACCUUGGACACCCUCUCUCGCUACAUGGCCGAGCUGGACCCACUGUUGCAGGAGAACCUGAGCAGCGGCCCCUGCGCCGCCCGCCAGUCCUCGGAACGGACGCAGGAGGAGCUCAUCCAGCUCAUCGGCCUUCAGAUCCAGAGUAAGGUCCUGGCCCGGGUAAGAGACGCCAAGUUCUUCAGUCUGAUCGUUGGUGGAGGUUCGGGAAGGUCCAGCUCCCUCUCGCUGUCCCUGCGCUACGUGCAUCGGCCCAGCGAAGGGCCUGUGGAGAUCUGUGAAGACCCCAUAGACUUCAUAGAGGCUCCUGGCGCGGCAGAGAGCCUGCUCAAGCUCUUCCUACAGAGGAUGUCGGCCUGGGGGCUGCAGAAGGAGCUCCUACGGGGCUACAGUUACCGGGGCCCUGGCCCCCAGAGGGGCCAGCGGGCACGCGUCUGCACCCUCCUUCCCGGAGCCGUCUGCUCAGCCUCCGGGCACCAGCUGCCUGCCGCCGUCCUGCACUCCUGUGACCUGCGGCCAGUCACCAAGUUACUAGACACACUGAGCAAAACUUCACUGGCACUGAGGUCCUCGGCAGAGCUGCUCAGCCCCAGACUUCUGGCUCCCGGGGCCUUCCUAGAUGUCGGUGGCCACCCUGGGGAGGGGGACGAUGGCCCAGAGGAAGUGGGGGGCCGAGCCGACCCCUGGCAUCCCCACCUGGCAGAUGUGCUUCGAGCUUUCCGAGACGAGUAUCCCGCGAUCCUCAGUGCCCUGCGGAAGGCAGCCGAGCACUGUGGUGAUGCUGAAAGCCUCUUUUACUCUCUCACCAAGUUUGACUUCUUGGUGACCCUGGUCUCUGUGGAGUUCAUCCUUUCAUGCACCAAGUCCCUGCCCCUGGACCUGCAGCAGGGGGACCCCGACCUCCUCCAUCUCUCAGCUGAGGCAAAUCUCAUCCUCCAGAGGCUCAGGAAAAUGAAAGACAAGGACGACCCCGGGUUUGAGGUGCUCUACGAUGAUGUGAAGCUCUUAGCAGCUAGUGUGGGGGUGGAAGAGUCCCCACCACUGGUGUGUGGCCAGCCAGUGUCCCCUGAUGACUUUAACACACAGGACCUCCGGGAGGGCUACAAGACGUCCUUGUUCAUCCCGUUUCUGGACCAUGUCAUGUCUGAGCUCCAGGAGCAGCUGCUGGACAGCUCGCCUCGCUUCCUGGCCCAGUACCUCAUCCCAGACAAGCUGCCCCUGUUGGAGAGCCAGGAGGCUGAAGCGGCCCUCCAUGAUGCGUUCCAGGGAGAUCUCCCCAGCCCGGACAGUUUUCACCUGGAGUUGCAGAGGUGGAGAGAGAACUGGACAGAAGUCCCCAGGGAGGAGCGGCCCAGCAGCCUCCUGAACGCCCUGCAGCACCUGAACCCCUUCCGUUUCCCCAGCAUCAACGCGGCCCUCUCCGUCCUGGCCACCAUGCCCAUCAGCGUCGCCCCCGGGGAGCGGGCCUCCAGGGCGCUGGAGAGAGCCAGGAUGUGGCAGCAGGACCCAGGGCAGGCAAGCCAGCUCCCGGGCCUGGCCCUGAUGGCCAUCCAUCAGGAUAUCGAGGUGGAUGUGGACCAGGUCUUGCGAGGGCUCCAUCUAUUCACGCACUGACUCACUGGGGGCCUGGGGAGUGUAGAAGCCACUGGCAGAUGAAGAUGGCCUAAGAGGGAAGGGUCUCUGGGGCUUCACGCCUGUAUACAAUAGCACUGGCCUCCCCCGCCCUCAGCUUGCCCUUUUUUGGUCCGUUUUUGGAGACAAUCAGGGUUGAGUGACUUGCCUAGGGUCAUGCAGCUAGGCCAUAUUUAAAUUCAGGUCCUUCUAAUUUCAAGGCCAAUGGCUCUAGCCAUUGUGCAACACAGCUGCUCCCUUAAAUUGCUUUUGAUGCCGAGUUUUUUUUUUUUUUUAAACAGUAUUAUUUAAAAGGAGGUUUCCCAAAGUAAAAGACAGUGUUUUUUUCACAUUUCCCUCUCAAGAAAUUGGGGAAGGUCAAGGUUGGGUCCUGUGGACCUAAAUUUUUUUGGGUGGGAGCCGAGUCUAUAUAAUUGCAGGGUUUUGUGGCCAAACAAAAAGGUAGAACCUUGAAACAUUGUUGUUCUCAGGUAGCCUGGGGUGACUCCCUCAAUUUUGUCUAGAGGUCGGGAGAGGGACAGGGUCUAGAGGAGACUGUCCCCAAGUGUUCUGGAGGUUCUCAUCUCAUCAGCACACCUGAGUGUCUCAGUUGUCACAGUAUAUCCACAGGUGUGAUGUGCUGUACCUGCAUGGGUGUGACUCCCUGCACCUGCAUAGGUGUGACACUCUGUAUUUGAAGCCUUGCAGGGGGUGGAUCUGAGAGCAGGACACAGCUAUGGGACUGAGAUUCUGGCCAGCAUCUCCUAUAGGUUCAGGGGAACCAUGGGUAAUGAGGGGCAGCUUCCCCAAAGCCACAGCUUCACAGAACAGGUGCAGGAAGGCUUCAGGAAAGGUGACAGUGGCCACACAUGCUCUCUGGGUAACCUGUGAAUAUUCUCCUGUUUGAGCCUAUGUGAUUUCAGGAAAGAAAUGGAAGAUUUCUUCUCUAAUAGUAAUUCAGAAUUUUAGAGAGCAGUCGUACAGCUUAGUGGUUGAAGUUGAGCCUCUGACAUUUAGUGCCUGGCUGGCUCUCGGCCUUACCUCCAUGUGCCCCAAGGGGAACUUUGCUCACCGGGAGAUCCAGAUCUUUCUGGGCUCCCCAUCCCCAAAAUAAAUAAAAAUAACA